CGUGCUGAUCCGGUGUAACUUAACGGAGGCGGUGGACUCGGACUCAAACGUCUCCGGUGACUCCGCUGCGGUUCACAACUUUAAUAAAAACCCUCCACCGACUCUUUUACCGUCAACAUGUCCCACACCGUCAUCACGACCACCACCACCACCACCAGGACGUCCGGGGACGGCUUCCUGAACACGGGCUACACCCGCACCAUCCCGGGGCUGCUGAAGAUCGGACAGACGCUGGCCCUCCUGGUGGCCUUCCUGUGCGUCCACUGUGCCCGGGGGUGGCCCAGCUGGGCGGCGUUCCAGUUCUUUGAGGUGGUGGCGCUGUGGUUCUUCGUGGCCUUUCUCCUCUUCCUCCUCAUGCACCUGUUCAGGCUCCAGGGGAAGAUGCCCUGCAUCAACUGGCCCCUGACGGAGUUCUUCCAUUACUCGGUGGGCAGCGUCCUCCUCUUGAUCGCCUCCAUCGUGGCCGCCGUGAAGAGUGGAGGAGUGUCGGCUCUGGUGGUGGGCUCGGUGUUUGGAUUCAUAGCCACGUUCCUGAUGGCCGUUAGUUUGUGGACGUCUUUCAGCGUGGCCUGUGGACCUCAUGCUGGUGCUACGAUGUAAAUGCUGAUCCGUCACGAAGGAAGCAGAUGUCUGCGUCUGCACAUUUCCUGUGUCCUGGUCAAUUUUCUGCCCGGCAACCGCCUGGAUAAUCACCCUGAUUGGAUUAAAAAGUCACUGCAGAGGUAACAGCAGCAGCAGCGCUGACCCAGGACCAGACACCGGACUGGAGCGUAAAUAACGUCCAGUCGAACCUCUGCAGCCACAUUCCCACGUCUAAAAGGUGCUCAGUGUCAAUCAGCCACCUCUUACUGCUGACUACAUUUCCCAUAAUCCCUGCUGCUUCUCACUGUUUCCCCUGAUAAGCAUGGGCACAUUUUGAAAUGUUUAUUUAUUUUUUUGCUUUUUAACCCUCCUAUUAUUUAUCUCUGGGUCAGUUUGGCCUCAACGUCUUUAAAUAUAUGAUUAACAUCAUUUCUUUGCUUCAUAUUUAAUGAGUCAACGAACAUAAAUUACCCGACACUUAAACUUUUUAAAAUGAUUUUUUAAGUGUAAUGAUUUUCUGGAGUCAAACUGACCCUGUGGACAAACUGUUGGUGAAUGUGAAAUAAUAGGAGGGUUAAAGUUGACUCAGACAGCAGCUCCUCCUCCUCCGGUGCCAUAAACGUCUCCAGGAUCCUGCAGCCUCAGCGUCGCCCCUGCUCGUUUACAGCCGCUGCUUUAAUUAACUUGAUUUGUUAACGAACAGUCUUAUCCAUUCCAGCGUUUUAUUUUUUUACUUUUGAAGAUGUCCUCUGGCUCAGUAAAAGCAACUCAACUUUUCUGAUACGUCUGUAAUCGGGAGAAUAACGUGCAUGCUAAUGUUAGCAUGAUAAAGCAUUACUCAGGGGCUAAAAUCUGAACAAAACAACAGCAUGGUAAAAAAAAUUGGUCAAACUAUGUAAAAUGUUAGCAUGCUAACAAUGCAAAGAAACACAGAAGCAAAGAAAAAGUGCUAAAGCUACAUCUGGAGGUCAUUUACAGUCUUUCUAUCAUUUAUUUUGAUGAAUUAAUCUGAUGUUAAAGAAGAAUUCUGCCUUAUUGCAGCUGUGUUUCCAUUCAUUGUGUCUCUAUGCUAUGCUAACGUUACAUUUUUUAAAAAGGCAUGAGGGUAGAGACACAAUAAUGGAAAAUACAAAGGCUGAAAUAAAAACCACGAUGCUGUUUAAAUGAAAUACUAGAAACAGGGAUUAAUCCUCCGCUGACAAUAAACAGCCCCAGGAAAGACAAGUCAAUUAAAAACAACUUUUUCAACAAUAAAUGAGCCAGUUAUCAAAAAAAAAAUAUAUUUUUUA